UACUAUCACUGGUUGUAACGAGGCACAGCCUCUGAUUGGGGUAAAAAAGGGCCUACUAUUAACUUGAGAAAUACUGCUCUGCUAGUGUGAUGGUCAUUAUGGUUUGGCAGGUAGUUACGAGAUAUGGGAGGUCUUUUGCAACAGGUUUUAUCGUUGGUUUGCCGAUUUAUAUUACUUUAACAGACUAUGGAUAUUGUAUUGCACGUGUGGAUGGUAUCUCAAUGCAGCCUGCAUUAAAUCCUGAAAAUAAGAAAUCAGAUGUUGUUCUUAUUGAUCGUUGGUCAUCAAAGGAUGUUUUUAAUAUUAGAAGAGGAGAUGUUGUUUCUUUGACGUCGCCAUCAGAUCCAGAUGUCAAACUUAUUAAAAGAGUCAUUGGUUUAGAGGGUGACGUAGUCAAAACUCUUGGGUACAAGAAACGCUAUGUCUCUAUUCCAAAAGGCCAUUGUUGGCUAGAGGGUGAUAACAGAGGAAAAAGUUUUGAUUCAAAUAAAUUUGGACCAGUUUCACUUGGACUUGUGAAUGGAAUUGCUACAAGAAUAGUAUGGCCUCCAAAGAGAUGGAUGAAAAUUACUAGAUCUGUAGACAGUGAUAGAAUACCACUAAAAAGAUCAUUCAAUCAAUGCACUUUUAGUGAAAUGCUGAAGAAAACUGAUGAUAAGAGAAAGGAUAGUGAUUGCAACAGUGCAAGUGAAGCCAGGACUGGACCAGAAAUUUCUAUUACAUCAUUUGGCAACAAGGAUGUUAAAGAACAACAUACCAGUCUUACAGUAGGUGAGAAAGAUUUGUUCAGUGACAUCAAUAGUAACUCUACAGUUAGUGUUGAAGAUUUUACCAAAGACUCUAUUAACGCAAGCAUUGCCAUUAGUGAAACUGAAAGCGUGGGUAGUAAAAUCUUGUCUUCUGGAGAUUUCAGUGGAAAAGAAGAUCUUAGCAGCAAAAUUCUAAGUGAUGAACAUAAAAAAGUCAUUGUUGUUGCAAGUUAACAGUUUAAUUUUUUAGUGAAAUUUCAAUGAAUCUUUCCUUGCUUCAUUUUCACUACUCGUAAAAGAUGCCUCCAAAAGUAAUUUUUUCCAGGGUACUACAACCAUUGAUAAAGGCAACAUUGUAACUUUAUCUAAUUAUUCAACACUUUUUGCAGUGAUUGUUUUCAAAACUUACCAUUAUACUUAUUCUGCUGAGAAUUUGAGUAUGAUUCUGUUAUUGAUGCAUAUAAAAACUUUUUUAUAAUACAGAAACACAGUUCA